AUGGCAAUUAGCCGCCAUAGCCACAGCAUUUUGCCAGAGAAAGUACAGAGGUGUCAAGAUUAUAUGCAGGCUUUGGAGGAAGAACGUUGCAAGAUUCAAGUUUUCAAACGCGAGCUCCCUCUUUGUCUCGAGCUUGUCACUCAAGCGAUUGAGUCAUGCAAGCAGCAGUUAUCAGGAACAACAACAACAACAGAGUGUAAUCAGAAUGGCCAAUCAGAAAGCUCUGAGGAGACAUCAAGUGAUUUGCCUGCCUUUGAAGAGUUUAUUCCCAUCAAGAGAGCCUCAUCUCUGUCUGAAGGUUGUGAGGAACAAGAAGCCAAGAAACAAAAGAUCGAUGCUGAUAACGUUGUUUGUUGUGAUUUAGAUGGUAAUAAUGGUGGUGACAAGACUAAUAUCAAGAAAUCUGACUGGCUUAGAUCUGUUCAGCUCUGGAAUCAAAACACAGAUCUAACAUCCAGUGAGGAUAUACCCAGAAAAGUUGAGGUGAAUAAAGGUGGUAGUAAUGGUGCAUUCCAUCCAUUCAAGAAAGAUAAGGCAGCCACCACUUCACAUAAGCUGCCGGAGAAAACUCCGGCGCCGCCGGCUUCCACCAGCUCGACGGUGGGGACUGGCGGCGGCUCGGGUGGCGGUGGUAAUAACAAUAAGAAGGAAGAGAAAGAAGGGAAUUCUCGGAAGGCGAGGAGGUGCUGGUCGAAUGAGUUGCACCAGAAGUUCUUGGAGGCCCUUAAUCAGCUCGGUGGUUCACAUCUUGCUACACCAAAACAAAUUAGGGAGUUGAUGAAAGUUGAUGGGCUAACAAAUGAUGAGGUCAAGAGCCAUUUGCAGAAAUACCGUCUGCACACGAGAAGACCAAGCCCGUCCAUGCAGAACACAGCCACCACCAAUGCCUCCACUCAAGCACCGCAGUUCGUGGUGGUGACCGGAGGCCUAUGGAUGCCGCCGGAGUACACCACCGCCGCCAUGGGCACGAAGGCGGCCGAUGGUGCCGCCCCAAACAGAAUUUACGCCCCUGUUGCUACUCUCCCCCCACCAUUCCAAGAAAAAUCAUGCGCCGCUAAUCAAAGACAACUCAGAAUCACGUCAAAUUCCGGUGACUUGGGUAGUCAUAACGAACAAGAUGGUGUUCGGUCAGAAUCACCGACAGCAUCCUCCUCCACCCAUGCGAGAAGUACUUAA